CUUCUUUUUUUUUUUCUUUUUUGUUACUUUAUCAUUAUUGGAUAGUUACCAUGUCGGUACCUUUACAAGAAUUUAUAGGUAAAAAAAAGAAAUAAUAUUUUAUAUAAAUAGUACAAUCCAAACUUUCACUUUUUUUUUUAAUUCUCUUUAUAUAUAAAAUGUAAUAUCUUUCUAUGCACAGACGGUGCAUGUAGUCCUGCGCGUUAUGAACCUGACCUUGCUCUCAAUCUCGAGAUAUGCGAAAUGAUCAAUAAGAAACAAGGCAAUGCUCCAAGGGAAGCAGCUACUGCUAUUGUCCGUAUCAUCAAUAGCAAGAAUAUCAACCAAGCCAUGUUAGCUCUCACAUUAUUGGACAAUUGUGUCAAGAACUGUGGUUAUCCUUUCCAUCUUCAAAUUGGUACAAAAGAAUUCUUGAAUGAACUUGUGCGACGCUUCCCCGAACGACCUGCGCCAUUUCCAAGUCCUGUCAUUCAACGUAUAUUGUAUCUAAUCAAGGAAUGGAAAGUAGCUCUCACUGACAUGUCACGUCAUAAAGAUGAUUUGGUACACAUUAAAGAUAUGUAUCGACUUCUUCGAUUCAAAGGUUAUAGAUUCCCAGAUUUACGUGACUCUUCUAUAGCUGCCUUAGCUCCAUCAGAGUCUUUGAAAUCAGCACAAGAAUUGGAAGAAGAGGAUCGUGUGGCUCAAUCAGCAAAACUACAAGAAUUGAUUCGACGUGGAAGACCUCAAGAUUUGGUAGAAGCAAACCAUUUGAUGAAAAUCAUGUCUGGUUAUGAUCAAAGAGCCAAACCUGAUUAUAAACAAAAAUUUGAAGAGGAAUUACACAAGAUACAGGAUAAAGCUAUUCUUCUGUAUGAAAUGUUGGAAAAUGUAGCACAAGGUGAACGAUUGGAUCGCAAUGAAACCGUGAUGGAAUUAAAACAUUCAUGCCAAAACGCUCAACCAAAGAUCCAGAAGAUGAUUACAGAAGAAGAGGAUAAUGACAAAAUUGAGAACUUGCUGACUCUCAACGAUAUGAUCAAUAACGUAAUUGCUAAGUUUGCCGACAUUCAAAAAGGAAUAUAUGACACCCAGUAUGAUAUCAGUGGAAAGCCACCCAAGCAAACAUCAACCACAGAGGAACCUAGACAGGCAAUUAGUUUGAUCGAUUUGGAUGAUGACUCGACCUUAUCCAACAAUACACCUACAGCCUCUGGAUCAGCAUUGAAUGAACUCAGUGACUUAUUUGGCCAAACAAAUAUAUCAAGUGUACCAGCUACAAUACCCACGAUGUCCACCCCAUCAUCUUCAAAUAUGACCAGCAAUAAUCCUAGUGAUAUUUUUGAUUUAUUGAGUGGAUCCAAUGCACCACCAGCUUAUUCUGUCGAAUCACCAGUAUCAGCAACAAAUCCCCCAGUAUCUGUCUCUCCUGCUUUAUCCAACACUUCAUUCAAUGGUUUUGGAUCUCCUAGACAACAACAUCAACGGUCUAUAGAAAACAACAAUAGUAACGAUGGCUCACUUUUAUCAUCGUCUUCUACUAACAGUAAUGGAUCUGCUCAAACUCAUCCUACAAUCGAACUGGUGAAUAAGAAUGGUUUACGGAUUGAACUGGAAGUCAGACAAAUUAGUACUCAAUGGAAAUUCAAGGCAUUGUUCUCAAAUCAGUCCACUGCACCUAUGGAAAACAUGACUUUAUCGCUCGCGGCACCAAAGUCUAUGCAAUUGAAAAUGGAAACUCAAUCAUCCCAAGUGGUACCUCCUCAUUCACAAAACUCGGUCACUCAGUUUAUUCUUCUCAACAAUCCCAACAAUGAAACUUUACGUCUGCGGUACAAGGUCACUUAUCAACAAUUUGGUGUGGAUAUGGAACAAACUGGCGAUUAUCGUGCAUAAAUGAUUCUUAUUUUUACUCUUGCUUCCCUAUUUUUGUUAUUUAUAUACACCUAUUACAUUUUUAUAUCUAUUUGAUUAAAUAAAAGAAGAAAAGUGUCUAUUUUGAA